AUGUCAAAACAGUCAUUAUCGGCGGUUCCCAGCGAGUUUGGUAUCGCCACCCUCUCACUCGGCAACUGGAGGGAGCACCGCCUACAACCGCGUCUGGAAGCAGCCGCGAAGACCGGCUACAAAUGGAUCGACCUCUUUGACGAGUGCUGGGCAGCGUAUCUCGAAGAACACGGUCUUCCUGGCGACCAGCUAUGGGAGCCUACCGCUAUCAAUCUACAAGUCGCCCGGCAACUUGGCGGCCUCGUCAAGUCCCUCGGGAUGCGCAUCGCUUGUACCCAGCCACUGCGCAAGAUCGAGGGCGUCAAGGAUCCUGAAGAACGCCGCGAAACACUUGACCUCGUGGCAAAGCGGUUCCCGUUUAUGCGUGCGUUCGAUACGGAUCUUGUGUUUAUGUGCGCCAGCAUCCGUACCGACAGCGGUGUCACUUCGGAUCUGCAGACGGUCGCAAGGGAUCUGGCUGAGCUGGGCGAUAUGGCGGCGGCGUAUGCAAGAGCUGACGGGGGUCCAAUGCUGAAAAUCGGGUAUGAGGGUCUGUCAUGGGCAGCGAGGAAUACCUGGUCGUCGUCGUGGGAGGCAGUGCGGUUCGCGAACCGGCCAAACGUUGGUCUUAUCGUCGAUGCGUUCAACGUGCUUGCGGUGGAAUUCGCGCAUCCUCAUAACCCGGCUGGUCAUGGGCGGUUUUUCUCGACACUCGAAGAAUCGAUCGACGUUCUUACGGGAUCGCUUGCGUCUCUGGCUGCGACCGUUCCGGGUGAUCGCAUCUUCUUCUUUCAGUGCGGUGAUGCGGAGCUCGUGGACCCUGCGGUUAUCUGUCCGACGGAGCCGGAUACGCCGGCCCUCUUACCCUGGUCGCGAGGGCAUCGUUUGUUUCCGAUGGAGCAGAGUCGUGGUGGAUAUAUGCCCGUGGAAUUGGUUGCUGCGGCGGUUCUUGCAACUGGGUACAAAGGGCCAAUUUCAUUGGAAGUGUUUAACAAUUCUUUGAACCAGCCUGGGGGCCACGUUCCACCAGAGCAUGCAGCGCGUGGUAUCGCUGGUCUACGGAGACUUGUCGCAGCUGCAAUGGCGUUGCCUGCUUUCUGGAGAGGUGGACGAGAGGCCAAACAAGCGGUUGAUAUGGUUGUCCGCCGGCUGCAGCCACGGGCAUCGCAGUUAUGA